AUGCCUGAACUUUUGCCACUAGCCACUUACAACUUGAAGGUUGAACCAUACACUCCAACUCCAGCUAUCGAUGUCACUGUCCCAGUCACUGUUAGAAUCACUUUGGCUGCAGUUGACCCAGAGGCUGUCGACGAAGAAGGCAAGCCAUCUACUUUGAGAAUCAUCAAGAGAAACCCAGACUUCGACGACGACGAAGAUGACAUCUUGGGUGGUGACUUCAACGAAGACGAGCUCGACGAUGAAUCCGAAGAGGAGCCAGAGCCAGUGCAAGAGAAGCCAGCCAAGAAGGGCAAAAAGGGCAAGAAACAGGUAGAAGAGAAGCCUGAAAGUGAGGAAGAGGAAGAGGAAGAGGACGAGGAGGAAGAGUUUGACGACGAGUUCCAAGAGUUCGUGGUCUUGACCUUGUCUCCAAAGGUUCAGUUCCAACAAACUCUAGACUUGGUCAUUGCACCAGAGGAAGAAGUUCAAUUCGUACUCACUGGUUCGUACCCAAUCCAUCUAACAGGUAACUACGUUAAGCACCCAUUCGACCAACCACAAUACGGCGACGAUGACGAGGACUCCGAAUGCGACUCCGACUGCGACAGCGAAGAGUAUGACUUGACCCCAGACGAGGAUGAGGUUCUAGAGAACCUGGAAGACGCCAGCGACAUCGAAAGCCGUAUCGAAGAGCUUGUGCAACAAGAAGAAGAACAGAAGACUAAGAACAAGAACAAGAAGAGAAAGUCCCAGGAGCAAGACGAGACCGAGAAGGUUGAGGAAGCACCAAAGGAGACCAAGAAGGCCAAGAAGGAAGAGCCCAAGAAGGACAAAAAGGAGAAAAAGGUCGAGUUCAAGAAGAACCUAGAAGAAGGCCCUUCUAAGAAGGCUGCCAAAGAAGAAAAGCCAAAGACCCAGGCCCUAGAAGGUGGCAUCGUCGUUGAGGACCGUGUCGUCGGCAAAGGUAAGACUGCCAAGAAGGGUUCCAAGGUCGGCAUGAGAUACAUCGGUAAACUGAAGAACGGCAAGGUUUUCGACAAGAACACCAGCGGAAAGCCAUUCAACUUUAACUUGGGUCGUGGUGAGGUCAUUAAAGGCUGGGACAUCGGUGUCUCCGGCAUGGCUGUUGGUGGUGAGCGUAGAAUCGUCAUCCCAGCUCCUUACGCUUACGGCAAACAGGCCCUACCAGGCCUACCAGCCAACUCCGAGUUGACUUUCGACGUCAAAUUGGUGUCCAUGAAAUAG